UUGCAAAUUGCAAAUAUUUAAACGGAAAAGAUUCCUACCCGCUCCCAAACAAAAUCUCUUUCAUACCACGAGUGACGCUGCUUUUCCCUUACACAAAUAAGCAAAAUUACAAUCGCGCUCUUCAUUUUAACAAACUCACCAACCUCAAAUUUUGGUACCUGACGUGAAGUGAAGGUGAAACUUGAAACUUCUCCCAUCACCGAUGCAUUCCAAUUAAUUCUACCUUAAUUCCAUUCUCUUCAGGAUUAGUGAGGAGAGGGGGAAAAAAUGGUAAAAUCACCCCAAUAUGAUAGAUUUUCGAAGGAUUUUGCAAUGGGAGGCGCAGCGGCAAUCGUAUCGAAGAGUGCAGUAGCACCGAUUGAGAGAGUGAAGCUUUUACUACAAAAUCAAAGUGAAAUGAUCAAAAGAGGACAGCUCAAAAGACCAUACCUCGGCGUGACUAAUGGCUUUAAGAGAGUCUUCGCGGAAGAGGGUCUGGUUGCCUUCUGGAGAGGCAACCAGGCCAAUGUUAUAAGAUAUUUUCCCACACAGGCUUUCAAUUUUGCAUUCAAAGGAUACUUCAAAAGCAUCUUUGGAUAUUCCAAAGAGAAAGACGGGUACGUUAAGUGGUUUGCUGGGAAUGUUGCUUCAGGCAGUGCUGCAGGAGCCACUACUUCAAUGCUUUUGUAUCAUUUGGACUUUGCACGUACAAGAUUGGCCACCGAUGCUGUCGUGUGCCAUGUUACUGGUCAGCGUCAGUUUAAAGGACUAAUUGAUGUGUAUCGGAAGACUUUAUCAAGUGAUGGAAUAGCUGGCUUGUACAGAGGAUUUGGGGUUUCGAUAUUGGGAAUCACCAUGUAUCGAGGGAUGUACUUUGGGAUCUAUGACACCAUGAAGCCUGUUGUUUUAGUUGGGGCUCUUGAGGGGAACUUCUUUGCUAGUUUCUUGUUAGGUUGGAGCAUCACAACUGUAUCUGGCGUCUGUGCAUACCCUUUUGACACACUGCGGCGGCGUAUGAUGCUAACCUCCGGACACCAUAUCAAGUAUAAUAAUGCAAUGCAUGCAUUCCGUGAGAUUGUUGCACAAGAGGGUUUCUUAGCCCUAUUUCGAGGAGUUACCGCAAAUAUGCUUCUUGGAAUGGCUGGAGCUGGGGUGCUUGCUGGGUACGAUCAGCUAAAUCGUAUCUCAUCUAGACACAACAUCAAUAAUGAAGCAAACCAAAGAGUUCUGAAAUAAAUGACUGAAUCGUGGUGGAAUUUUCAAGGGAGAAAUGCAUUUUUGGACCUAAAAAGCAUAUUAUUGCUCUUCAUUUCAAAAGUUUGGUCAAAAGGAACACAAGCAACAAACAGUCAUGUGGAAAUGAUAGCAGCAAAAGGUACUUGUUCUAUAAAAAAUGGAACUUCAGCCAGAGCUUUGAACAUGAUUAACUUGGUUUUAGGUCCUUAGAUUUCACGCUCCCUUUUGUUAAUAGCAAAAUUUUAAAUUUAGAUAGACUUUAGUGCCUUAUUGAUUCACAAGGAAGGGCAAUUGUAAACAUAUUUAAGACUGCAAAUGCAGUUAACUUGUCUGUCCCAAUGAAUGCUGUUCAUAUGAGGUUUUUAAAUUCAUGGCCACUGGCCAGACUUCAAUUA